AUGAGGAUAAUCCUCAAGUUAGGAACCCAGACCGUGGCAUAUUUCCUUCACCACUGCGGCCGGCCGCUCGGCCUGUGGUUCCACCUCAAGUCUGGGCACCUGUACAUAGCCGAUGCCUACAAGGGGCUCAUGAGGGUCACACCAGGCGGUGGGGAGGAUACAGUGCUGGUCAUCGUAGUUGAUGGCGUACCUCUUCGCUUCACCAAUGGGGUGGACAUCGACCAGGUAACCGGCGAGGUCUACUUCACGGACAGCUCCAGGAACUACAAUAGGUCACAACAUGAGAUGGUCACAAGAACCGGAGACUCGACGGGUCGACUACUGAGGUAUGAGCCAUGGACAAGAAAGGUUGUCGUGCUCCAGGCUGACAUCACUUACCCCAAUGGCCUCGCCAUCAGCGCUGCUCGAACACAUCUAAUCGUCUCAUCAACCGGGCCAUGUAAGCUGCUAUGAUACUAGAUCAAGGGCUCCAAGGCGAGCUCGAUGGAGCUAUUCGCCAACCUCCCUGGCUAUCCAGACAAUGUGAGGCCCGACAAUGAAGGAGGAUACUUGGUGGCACUACAUCGUGAAAAGGCUGAGCUCCCCUUUGGCGUUGAUAGCCACCUGCUAGCAUUGAGGAUCGAUGCCGACGGAGAAAUAAUCGAGGAGAUGCAGGGACCGAAGGGCAUGAGGCCGACCGAGGUGGUGGAGAGGAAAGGCGACAGAUUGUUCAUGGGAUCCGUCGAGCUUCAUUAUGUGUCCGUCGUCACGCGCAAAUAG